CUCCAGUCCUGUCAGAGAACAGGAGAGAACGGCAGUGGAAGCAUCGCCGAGUGACGGGCUACAGACGCACAACAACGUGGAAAUAAAGGAAUACACAUGGAAGAAGAUCUGCAAGGGAGAAAGGAUGGAAUGACAAAAAAAAACAAAAAGACAAAGCAUUUUGUUGCUUCUGGGCUUUCCUGUGUCUUGCCACUUCUGUUUGGAGCAUCCCACAGUGAAAACACAUACAUAUGAUAUAUAUAUAAAAUUCCUAUACAUAUAUAUCAAAUUAUGCCUGUUUUCAAAGAAGCUGCAACCGGACAAGGAGAGAAUUGACAACAAUUCCUUUCGGAAGAUAAUAUGCAACAUUUUGCACAAAACUGUUGCAUAUUAGCGGCCUGAUAUAUAUUUUUUUUUGUAAAUUUUUGCUCAGGUAAAAAAAGGAAAGAAAAUCAUAAUGUGAAUGGAAAAUCUGACAAACUUGCAAUUGAAGCAGCCGCACAAACAAGAAAAGAGCAUCUGCUGCAGUCCGAGAGGGCUUCUUUUGAAAACAGGACAUGUUUUGAUGAGCUGAUGGUGCCACACUGCUGCUUUUGCUGCUGCUCUUUGGGCUGUCGCAUCUCCACUUCUCCUUGUCGACAAAGCUGGGGAGAUUUAUUCUGACAAAACUGCACAAAGUGCGCAGAGAGCAACUCUCUCUUGACCCCAUGCUGAUAUUUGCAAAGCUUCGCCAAAAGUCCCACAGUCCAUCUCGCACAGAGAGAAACAGGUGAGCUUCUCUUGUGCAGCAUCACUAAGACGCUGAGAUCCGGCAUCCCCUUCCCUCCCCAAGUAGGACAAGGCUAAAUAGACAACACCCAGCUGGUGUCCGGGCUCUGUUACACAUCCCGGGAUCCAGGGAUAGGAGGGGUUCCAUGCGAAGGUGGAGGGUGGAGGGGUCAAGCAACAGGAGAGUCGUGUAGACUGGGUGCAAAAAGCCACUGGACUCCCUGUGUGUCGCCUGAAAGAACAGCGGAGGGGGGUGGGGGGGAUUUAAGCUGUUUGUGCAUGCGUGAGAGGAAAAGACGGCACACGUGCAAAAAGAAGAGAGACGCUCCCGGACAGUUGUCAUCACAGGAUUACAGCUGGAUAAGUGCCCGGAGUUUUCUUUUAAGGAACAGCUGCGUUUACCUGUUGGGUCACUGACUGCACAUGAAAAUAGGUUAAGACGAUGCCCACCACUAAAAUAAAAGAGGGUCCGUUGUGCAGUGAGGAUGAAAGAUGCAAGUUAAGCAAGUAUAGUGGAGGAGGCAGACAACUCCUGUGAGAAACAACACACUCCGGUGAGUUUUCCUUGGAACGUCAGAAGUCAUUUGCCAUCGUGCGCCAGAUGUGUGACCCACUCAGGAGUCCGAGCGUGUCUCAGGAUUGAGAAACCCUCCAAGAUGGGAACUCGGGACUGUCUGAGAGUGUGAGAAGAAUCCCCCGCUUCUUUGGACAGCAGCAGCAAACACUCUCACUUACACACACUCGUGCAUCCACGGCCAAGUUGGACGCGAAUGCAGGAAAUGCCACGAGCACAUUUGUCUGUGGGCAACAAGCACUCCUGAACUGGAUCCACUACAAGCCAGCCGAUUUGGAUUUGUUUACAACUGCUGGAUGCCAUAUGGCUUUGUGAAAGGAGCAUUAAUGUUGGGUCUGUCAGUAACAAAAACACAUUACUGAGGCAUCACAAGACCAAGGAUCCAAGAUGUCUACCUACUUGCAACCACUGUUGGUCAGUUUCUCUGUGGCCAUUCUUCUGAGUUUGACCUCUCUGGGUGGACUAAACCAUCGGCCUUUGGGACAGGUUUUGGCCCAGGCCCCUCCGAAUAACCUCACAACCGAGCCCUCACUGUUACCAGAGGCUGCACUGGCAACACCAACUCCGGACACAGAGGACCAAACAGUCCCGGGUGGGGCCAAUCGCUGCUGGGGUUACUACGACGUAAUGGGUCAGUGGGACCCACCCUUCAACUGCAACGCUGGGAUCUAUAUGUUUUGUUGUGGUUCUUGCUUCUACCGCUUCUGCUGCCAAUUCAAAAUCCACAGUUUGGAUCAGACUUCUUGUUCCAACUAUGACACGCCCGUCUGGGCAAACACCGGGCGACCGGCGGCACCCGUCACAGAGGUUCAACCGGAACCAGACCGCGAUCAAACCCAUAUGAUCGUGUAUAUUAUCUGUGGAGUGGUGGCCAUCAUGGUGCUCAUCGGGAUUUUCACCAAGCUCGGGUUGGAGAAGAGUCAAGGAGGACAGACGGACAUGACUAAUUCCAGGACUUUGACAGAGCUGCUGAAGCAGCCAGGCGAGGCGGGAGUUGUGGAUGGAACCGGUAUUCACCACCCUAUAGGGACCAAUGGUAUCUCGGCCAGGGCGUUACGCUCCAACAACGAUCAUAACCAUUUGAAUAAUGCAGCCUUGUCUCCCCUGGGUCCAGCCAUGGCCUUGUCUCACCCUCAUAACAACCUGGGAAUCGGCUUCAAUAAGUAUUCCUCGCUCAAGGGAGUAGACACAACUCCAAGAGACUACUACAAGAGCUACCCAAUGGUCGACUACACCCACCGUCAGUCUCCUCCUACUUUCCAGCCAAUCAACUUCCACCCUAAGGAAAAGUCCUUCCUCCCACCACCAGACAUCCACGCACCACUGGCCAUCACCAUCAACGCCUCCCAGAUCCCCAAGCCUAAGAUCUCCAAAACCAACACCCACCCGCUCACGUCGGGCUCAGCCUUCAAAGCCUGGGACCCCAGCAAGAGCCACGUCCAGCGCCCUGCUGCGACACAUAUGGUCCUUCAGGGCCAGCAGCACCACCCCAUCCAGCAGCAGCACCACCAGCCUCUGCACCAGCCCAACAGCCGGCGCCUUGCCUACUCCAACAAGAGGCAGUUUAGCAUCGAGACGCUGCCCGAGCUCUUCUCCCAACCGCUGGGCUACGGCCACUCGCCGCACAUGCACCCCAAGCACAAGGGACUGCCCACCAACAGCAAGACAGAGGUCACGGUGUGAACAUGAAGAGCCAGAGAGAAAAGGAAUGCUCUGAUAUCUUUUAUAUCCACGGGAGGAGAGGCAAGCAAAUAUCGUGUAUGAUAAGAGAUUUUUUAACUGCCUUUUCCUUAUCGUUGUUGAUAACAAUAACAACAUGGGUACUUUUUACCACUACUGGAUCAAAACAGCGACAGCAGAUAAGCUGAGAAGGUGUUGGGUAGGCAGGUGCGGGCUAAAUAAUUGAUCGUCUUCUCAGUGUGUUGGCACAGCGCUCGACUCCGUUCCAUCCCACCCGCUCCCGCCCAAGCAACUCAGCACUGCUCUGUGGCAAGAAAUCCCACAUGAAGGCAAUAUUUACCCGGAUUUUUCUUCUAUCACAGAGGCUGCUAGGGCAGCCCCCCCACCCCCGCCAAGACUGUGGCUUCCCAUCAUCAGAGACAAUGCCAUUGUGUUGUCAGUUCCCACUGCCCUCCAGCCCUCUGGGGGGGUAAGAGAUCAUCCCGGCAAUUCAUACCAGAGAGCAGGGCGGGGGUUAUUUGCCUCAUUCCAGGGGCAAAUGAGAUGAGAGGGAGGUGAACUAUCUACACGCGCGUAUACACACACACACCACACACACACACACACAGAGAACACACUUGUCAAAAACUACAGAGGAUUCCCAGCAGCGUCAGAGGCCAUCCUCCCCCUCCCUCCGCCCCAAAGCCGCUGUAAUAUUCCUCUCUCAUCCGCAAAAACUGCGGAAAUAAAUAGGAGAAUUCUCUUGUAGCAAAUGCUAAUUCCAGUCAAGACUCCCUUGUGUUCCAAAGAAUAAUAAACACAUUCCGGAAUGUGCCGUGAUGGAUAGAAAUAGAGCGCAAGGAAGGUCUUUUCAAAGUUAAAAAGUUGAAAAGUGAUCGCUGUAAUGGAGUCACACCAGCAUGAAGAUACAUGCAAAACGUGCAUGUCUAAAAUUAAACACCCCUUUUUUCAUGAUCAUUUUCCAUGAAAGCAGCUUAAAUUGCAUGCUAAGAGAGAACCUUGCAAACUAUUUAAUUGCAAAUGUAGACCUUUAACCAUGCUGGGUAUACAAUGACAGCAGAGUUUGGAAAAAGAAAAAAAACAAUUGAUACGCUGGCGAUAGUAGUAGGACAUGAAUAUUUAAUUGUAUUAAUUCAUCAGGGAUUUGCAUUAAUGUUUUAACGAUGCCCUUUUGAGUGGUCACUGAGGAAGUGUCUCACAACGGGCUGCAUGGAAAGGUCAUUUUUAUGAAUAAUGUCUAGUCAGUGAGAAAAACAGUUGAUUUAAAUUCCAACGCUAGUGAAUGGAGCUGCUUUUUUCCACUCGGUGAUAACAAGCAUCAUAUUAUUCCUGUUUUUCUGAAUAAUGUUUUAGCUUUGAAAAAAGUCAAAAGGAGAGCGCUGGGUGUGUGUGUGUGUGUGUGUGGGGGGGGGGGGGGGGUGACAAUUUGUAAUUGAGUUUUUGCAAUUUAGUCAAUUAUGAUGGGUGUGAAAUGUCCCUCAACACACGACCUUUAAUAUAUCACCUACCCUGAGGUACACUUUAAAUACCAUCAUGAGUAUAAACAUCCUCAAAGAGUCACUUAAUUGUGUUGGGGGGAGGCGACAGACCCACAAGUUUACAGAGGCCCCUCCAUCAAACACUAAUGAUGAAAUGCAUGAGUGUGUCUGGAUGUUGAAAGAGUGCAGUGAUGCAUAUGAAAAAGAAAAAAAAAACGUCCUGGGUAUGUAUGUUCCUUAAUGCAGCAGAACACUUACUAGUUCUCCUACUUAAACCGGAGCUAUCCCCCGUCUCCCUGCGACACGUUCCCACCUUAGCAGUCCGACAGCGAAUCGGCUAAUUGAAUUCACCUUCAUUUGUUUUCAUCAGGAAACCAGCUAUGCCGCAGAGCAUCUUGUAUGCCCGGCACAUGCUCGUGCAUCACGUUGGUGGUGGAGCCUAAUCGAACUGCAUCAUUUAGCAGAGUCACACACAAUUUCCCACUUGUUCUUGGUCCCUCUGUUCUCUCACUCUGCAACCUUGUAGAGGAGCAGCAGUCACCUGCGCCUGGUCUACAAACUGGAAAAUGCAUGGCAGUAGAGCAGUGGUUCUCAAACUUUUUACACCACCUCAAAAAUGUUUAGCUUACCGUCAUUUUUGCUACCUUCGCUUGUUUAACUAUGGACGUGUGGCUUGUACUCGCAGGUAAUUGGCUUGCGGCAUUGCGAGUUAAACAAUAAUAAUUUAUCUAAGGAUCUUUGGUUGAUUCCAACUUGAUUUCAAUAAUUGAUAUUAAUACUUUCUUAGGUAAAAAUAACGGAUUUUGCACAUUUCUCAUCAAAUGCAGGGCAGAAACCCAAGAGGAGACUGCGGCGAGUCUUUUCUUUUGGCUUAGUGUGUGAGCAGAGUGAUCGUCUGAGUGCGUUGCACUGAGUUGGAUGGCGAUUUCUCUGUCAGCAUGUCGCCAAUAAUAUGAUGUUGCAGAAACAUGUAUUAUGCACCAUGACUUUCCACAGCCUUAGUAAUGUCUUUCAUGGAAGCGUGACAUCAUUAUUUUGACUAAUCAGAAAAUGUGAUACACUGAGGCAGAGGGCGUCCCUGAGUUGGAAGGAUGACAUCGCCGAGCUCAAAAACUUCUCCAAAUUGGACUUUCAUGCAAAAACUGAAGGUGAUCAGACUUUUGCAACAAAGUUAGAGCUUUUCCUGGAGAAGGAUAGGGUGCAUGUACUUCAUGUACAAAUAAAUGGGAGACCACAAAUGUUACCUUGUGGUAUACAUCAUGCAGUGGUGGGCGGCCAGGGCCAGCUAGGCCUCUGCUGGCCUAAAAAAUAUCAGAAGCACUGACCUACUUUUACAACUUAAACUCUCGUAUUUGUUCCAUAAAACUGUACAACUUUAUUCCCAACACUCGAUUAUCUUCAUUUUGUAGCGUGUCUCUUAGCUGCACAGCUUCCAGUACGUGCAUGUUCUUUUUUUUUUUGGCAAACCAAUCGGAUGUCAGCUUCCAUGUGUUGCCAUGUCAAUGUAAUCUGCCCAAGUCCUUCACAAUCAGGAGUGCUGGCCCAAACAAUCAGAUUUCAGAUUCGCCUCACAGGACCAGCUAGCAGGCGUACAGUAAGGCCAGCAUUUUACCGUGCUCUGAUUGGUUCAUGUCUGAAAGCCAAGAGUUGCACAGUGCGCUUGGACGCCUCAUCACAUGAGCAGCGCAGGGCUUAAUUGAUCCUGUUCUGUCGUCUAGAAAGGAGACAGGGUUGUUCAUUGUUCUGUGUACAAUAUAUGAACAAAUAAGUGAGUUUAACGGGAACGGGUUUGUUCGCCAUUUCCACUGAAACUUUGGACUUGUUUAGAGGGUAAUAAUGGAAUUCCUCCCCAAUUCUGUAAUGCCACACAUUGAUAUAUUGCGUUUAUGUAAAUUAUUGAUGGUUUGUAUAACUGUGUCGUGAUAGUAAGUGGUGGUAUUAACAUUAUUAAGACGUUAAUUGGGUCACUUAAGGCCCAGGUACCAAAUGCACCGCCUGCCACUGACUACAUGCUUGUCUACGACCAUGCAUUUUUAGUGUAUUUUCAUAGCUGCAGAAACAGUCAUCCCAAUUCUCCAAUUUGCAUCCCAGUAGUAAGUAGCCAAACAGGGAAGCGGCAGAGUUAAACUUUAAUGCGAGAGAAUAAAUUAGCAACACAAGGCCCCGCUUGAGCAGCAGCAAUGGCUUCUCCAAUGUACCAGUCCAAGAUGGGAAAAACCUGUUAGGCAAGCUGUUGUGAGUGGUGCUCAGUGCUGCUGGCAUGCUUUUAUAAUAAGGGAUCAGCUGAGAAUGGGGAUCAUGAAUACAAAAGCAUCAAUGGGAUGUGCUUCAAACGCAUUUGUGCUUAUGCUCUUGCCAGCGACGCACACAAUGUAAUGCACCGUGCUGCAGGUUCCUUUGUCACGGCCUCCCCUUCUCGCUGACUUUGAUUCCCACCCGGCGCUGCACUUUUACUGGGUCACAUCAUACAAAAAUAAGGCUCUAAAAAGCCAGAGCAAAAUAUUCUUUAGGGGUCUGUCCCGAACCGCUCGGAAUGCAUUAGAGGUUUAGAACAAACACGGAAAGACAGCGAGUAAACAAGCAAUAUGUGUCAGGGAAGCAAUAAGUUCCCGACUGUCCUCACACUGAUGGAGUCGCCAGGGUUUAGUUGGCAUUGAGGGCGUGCAGGGAGUGAGAGGGAGAGGUGAUGCCAAAACACGAUGUACAGACACCUUUGAUAGAUUUGUUCUGGCUCCAGCUGCUAACGUCUUUGCAUUUCUAUCAAGUCUUGGGGUCUUAGGGUUCUGACACCACAACCUGAGAAUCAGCAACCUUGGAUUUACCGCUAUGGAUGGAUUUCAACCUACAGCAUGCUCUUGAGGAAGACGGCUCCGACUCUUUAAGCACUGUGAUUGGCUGGUUAUGGCCUUUUUAUCCUUGCGCUCUUUUGGGAGAUUGGAUUUUUAUUUCCAACCUGAGUCCAGGAAGCAUCCUCAGCAUGUUUUUGUCUUCUUCAGUGUCGGAUGGACUCGGGAGAGCUGCUAAAGCGCUGCAAAGGCCUGCGAUGGACCAGAUUAUCACCUCUCUCUUGUGGACAGUGUAAAUACUUGCACACAUUUCAUACACACGCACGCACACGGGGAGCAAGAGAGGUGUAAUAUAAUGAUAUCUUCCAUACAAUGUCCACAGCCUUUGUGGCACAAAAAGCAGGACCAAAGGCCUUGCACGGGAGCAAAGAGAGUACACCUAACUGAUGCUUUGGCAUCCAAAACUGUGCGAAUGCUGAGACAGUUUUGGAUCAUCAGCGUUAGCGUGUGAUUUCUCCCGAUAAGUGACAAACUAUGGCAACGCUCGCUCAACUCAGAGCUAACUGACUGUUUGUAAAUCUCUCGAAAAGAAACCAACGCAAGUAUUCUACCGCAGGUUUUCAUGAAUGCAACCCGGUAGACAUACUUGGGCUCCAUGAUCCCUAGCAAUAUAUAGAUUAUGGUGUAUGAUUCAACGGUUUCUUUUUGUUUUCUGUUAGUUGGUUUGAUUUGUUUUGUAUUGUGCUUUUUCAACACACACACACACAAAAAAAAAAAUACACACACUGUUCAUUUGACCAAUGAAAGUUAGAAGUGCUUCCAGAUUUGAGAGUCAUGGCUGCACGACCUUCAUCUCGUCCCCCAAGUCAGUUGGCCUUCCCUUCCAACCAGAGGAUGUCAUAUGUUUGAAGCUUGUGAUCUUUUGACAUUGUAUGGUACACACGCCCUCAUGUAAUUAAUGUAAUAACAUAUUGCAUUGUAUCCAAGUGCUUUGCCAACACAUUAGCUGAAAGGUGACAGGAAGAUUUGCAUUUGUAUCUGCAAAAAAAAAAGAAAAAACAUAAAAAAAAAAAACAUUUAAAUCAUGCAUUACUUCAUGAUAAAGUGUACCAGGCAACAGUAGGUUGUCUUUGAUUGCUGUGUAUUAACUGUGUAUAUACAGUAUGUAUACUGUACCACUUGUCUGCUGUGAAUUUGUUGAGUACUCAGCUUACAGUAUAUAAGGGCUUUUUAUAGAUAUUAAAGCAGACUGGGUAAUCUGAUGUCACUCACUGUAACUGAAGUUUUUUUUUUUAAAGGGGAUGAAGGGAUACAAAAAAAUAAUUUCAUGCAUACAACAUACUAAAACACUUAAAAUGGCGCUGGCCUUUGUGUCCUGUUUGAAUAAAUCUUUGUGAAAUACAGCAGUCGCCUACUCUUCUCCUGUUUGCUGUUGAUUUAUUAUAUUGUAAUACACCUCAGAUUGUAAUGCUGUAGAACUGCACUAACACAAUAAUAAGAAACUCCAAUUACUAUAUAAGUUACUCCGGAGUAUAAGUGGCAUCAGUCAAAAAAUCCAUCAUAAAGAGGAAAAAAACAGAAGUCACACUGGACAUUUACCGGUAUUUAUCAUUGAGCUAUCAUCAGAGGAUUUUUUUUUUUUUAGUAGUGUCAGACAAAGCCAGAGGGAGGGGCCAAUUUUUACACCAACAAGGAGACAGACUAAAGCUACAGAAGCAGAAAUACAUUUUUUAAUGUAUAUGGAUAAAAUAAAAACGUACCUGUUUAAUAAAUGUCAGACUGUUCUCCAAGAACGUGGCAUAACGCCUGGAUGCGUCCUAGUGUGUAGAAACGUAUCAAACAGCUGUAUUUUUAAACACCCAAACUUCAUUUGUAUAUACACAAAUGAAUUAAAAUAGACUGAAAAUCAUACAUGUGUAUUUAGUUAGACAGUGGCUGAAGCAGCAGCUACAAUCUCCAAGCUAGACAUACAGUAAUUAGUAUAAUAUGCUGUUUAUUAGAUUAUGUCCUUUAUUAAAUGCCAUUGCCAGUUUGACUGAAUGAAAUUCUUCAACUUUGAACAGUUCCAAAGUUCACUAGUCAAGAUUCCAGUGGUAUUUUUCCAUUUUUCACACCUUUGCAACCCUAGUUCCAAGUCAAACUAUGCAAAAUAGUUUCUGCAGCUGCAGAUAUGGUAGGGUGUCCUGGGAUAACAUAAAAUGAUGCAGUCAACGUUUGUUUUUUUUUUAUUCCUUCCAUCUCUUUGUCAAACCACUGUUAAUAUGCAAAGGGAUGGAGUAUUGUCAAGAUGGCGGCUGGUGACAUCAACAUCAAGUUGGAGGCCACUGAUGCAUGGUACAGGAAGCGGCGGCGGAGGUGAUGUAAUAAAAGAUCCUCAACUAAAACUAUAA